AUGCCGACUAUUUAUGAAACAGAUAGUCUUGAUGAAGCUAUUGAUAUUAUUCAAGAUGAGAAUAAACGAUAUCCAUUUAUUCUGCAUAAAUAUGAUAUUGGGUCAUGUCAAGAAAAAUGGACAUGUGAUUAUUUAGCAACAAAAAUCGGUUCAAAACCAGUAAGAAUACAUGUAUCACAAGAUCCAAUGAUGGAUUUUGUUCGAAAAAAUUUUACUUAUGAAACUUUACCUUUCAAUAAACUUAUUCAUCGUUGUGAACGAACAGUAAAUGAUGAAUAUUUUUCAACACCCAAUGAACAUUAUUAUUUUCGAGCACUUGGUGAUAAUCAACGAACAGAUAUUGCUAAUAUUGAAAAACAUUUUCCAGGUAUUGCCAAUGAUAUUAAAUAUCCGCCAUUAUUUUCUACUGAACAAUUUUUUUCCAGUGUAUUACGUAUUGGUUCAGCCAAUACACAAUUGUGGACUCAUUAUGAUAUCAUGGAUAAUACUCUCAUUCAAGUUCAUGGUACAAAACGACUUAUUAUGUUUAAACCGAGUGAUAUCGAUUAUCUCUAUAUCGAUGGCGAUAAAUCAUUAGUAAACGAUAUUGAAAAUCCAGAUUUUGAAACAUAUCCACUUAUUCGUCAAGCGACAUAUUAUACUGGAACUUUGCAAGCAGGAGAUUGUCUAUUUAUUCCUGCACUUUGGUUUCAUAAUAUAAAAUCAUUGGAUACUUAUUCUGUUUCUGUCAAUGUUUUUUGGCGUCAUUUAAAUAUUGAUUUUUAUGAACCAAAAGAUUUAUAUGGUAAUAAAGAUCUUGUACCAUUUAGUCGUUCAAUUGGACAACUUGCAAAAUCUUUAAAUGAACUUGAUAAACAAUUACCAUCUGUUUAUGUUGAUUUUUAUGCUAAACGUUUACGUUGUUAUCUUGAUAAUUAUAUAAAAGAAAAUGAAAAGAAAAUUAACAAAUAG